AUGCCCAGUGGCUCCAGCCCCGAGGAGAUUUCCUUGCUAGAUGAGAUACGGAAAGAGGUUCUGAAAAAUGCAAUAUACUACGUAGACACAAAAACACACGAAAUUACGCGCCGCGUGGAGGCUGGUCAGCUGGAAAUGUCUGCCAAAAGCAACGCACUAAAGACCGCCCAGAAAGAGCUUGAGGGGCUGGAGGCCCGGAUAAAGGAGCUUUCCUUGGAGGUGGAUCAUCUAAGAAAAAGCGCCACUGUUGACGUCUUUGAAGGAACUGUUGAUAUGCGCGCCCUCUUAGAGAAGGUUUCAGAAAGCUCCAAUGAGCUCCACUCGCAAAGCACAAUGGCCUCCCCGCUCUCCUCCGAGCCGCCCGGCAUCCUGUACAAAGUAAGCUUUAUUAACACAGAAAUACCGCACGUUCAGGGCGACAUAAUAGAUGUUCUGGAGAAGGUAAGACGAACCAUAGAGAAGAAGAUGACAUAA